UGCGUGGGGCCGUUUUCCCUCCUCGUUGACAAAGCUGUGCGGUGGAUGUUGAGCUAAAGCGCUUCCAUCGCUGAACUUUCUGACUCUGUAGCUUGGUCAGUGUGGACGGAAGGCAAACAGAGAGGCGGGUGUCACAUUGGUGUUAAAGAGACUUAUGCUGUCCUGCUAGCAGGGCAAGAUGUUCAACAAAUCAUUUGGGACGCCCUUCGGUGGCGGGGCGGGAGGAUUUGGCACCUCGUCCACCUUCGGUCAGCAAAACACGGGCUUCGGGACGACGGGAGGCUUCGGCACGUCUGCGUUCGGGGCGACGACAAACACUGGAGGACUGUUUGGAUCCACGCAGAAUAAACCAGGUGGGCUCUUUGGGUCCAGCACGUUCAGCCAGCCGGCAACUUCCUCCACCAGCACCGGCUUCGGUUUCGGCGCAGCGAGCGGCACCUCCACCAGCCUGUUUGGCAACACUGGCACAGGCACCACCGGCGGACUCUUCUCCCAGCAGAACAAUGCUUUCGGCGCCAAGCAAGCCACCUCGUUUGGAAGCUUCGGGACGAGCACCAGCAGCAGCGGUGGCCUCUUCGGCUCCACCAACACCACCUCCAACCCGUUCGGCGGGGCUACGUCCCUGUUUGGAGGUUCGGGGUUCUCCGCCACUCAGCAGCCGGGAACGACCGUGAAGUUCAACCCUCCGACAGGAAGUGACACAAUGGUGAAGGCGGGCGUGACAACGAGCAUCAAUACGAAGCACCAGUGCAUCACUGCCAUGAAGGAGUACGAGAACAAGUCUCUGGAGGAGUUGAGGCUGGAGGACUACCAGGCGGGCAGGAAAGGCCCAACCAACCCGAUGGCGCCGGGAACCGGCAGUCUUUUCGGCCAGGCCACGGCCACGUCCAGCGCCACCACCGGCCUCUUCGGAUCCUCGGCUCCCAACACCAGCUUCUCCUUCGGCCAGAACAAGAGCACCUUCGGAGGGCCAACUACCGGCAGUUUUGGCGCGACCACGGGCGGCCUGUUCAGUCAGCAGACCCAGCAGCAGGCCGGCAGCCUCUUCAAGCCCUUUGGUGCGACCACCACCGCCCAGAGCACCGGCUUCUCCUUUGGAAACACCAACACGAUAGGACAGGCCAACACCAGCAGCAUGGGUUUGUUUGGGAACACGGCGGCGUCUCAGUCGGGCGGCUUGUUCGGCUCAGCUCAGACCAGCACCGCCACUGGUUUCGGGACAGCCACGGGCCUGUUCGGCCAAACCAACACUGGAUUUGGGAAUGUCGGCACUCAGCAGAGUUUAUUCGGUAACAAGACAGCCGGGUUCGGCACCACCACCACCAGUGCCCCGUCCUUCGGCACCACCACCGGCCUUUUUGGGAACAAGCCCACCCUCACACUGGGAACCGGAACCAACACCUCCACCUUCGGUUUCGGUGCAAACCCUGCUGGAGGAGGACUGUUUGGGAACAAGUCCACCACCGGAGCGCUGGGGACCGGACUGGGAACCAGCUUCGGUACAGCAGUCGGCCCCGGGCAGACACUGUUUGGCAACACCCAGAACAAACUGGGCACCGCGCUGGGAACGAUGGGAACGUUCGGAACAACGGGAUUCAACAGUGGAACGAGCACCCUGGGAUUCGGAGCGACGCAGCCCGUCGCCCUCACAGAUCCCAACGCAGCGGCUGCCCAGCAGGCCAUGCUGCAGCAGCAGCUCAGCGUGCUGGCGUACUCGCCGUACGGAGACUCGCCGCUCUUCAGAAACCCGCUCUCAGACCCCAAGAAGAAGGAGGAGCGCCUGAAACCGACCAAUCCGACGGCUCAGAAGGCUCUGACCACGCCCACUCACUACAAGCUGACUCCGCGUCCUGCGACCAGGGUGCGGCCCAAAGCGCUGACGUCUUCCGGAGCCUCCAAGUCGCAGCUUUUUGACGGCCUGGAUGACGACGAGCCGUCGCUCACAAACGGAGCCUUCGUGCCGAGGAAGAGCAUCAAGAAGCUCGUCCUGAAGAACCUGAACAACAGUCAGUACAGCAGUCCUCUGAACAAGGAGAGCGACGACCUUGCCUCGCCGUCAGAGUACCCACAGAACGGACACAGCCACGUGGAGGAGGAAGAGGAGCAGCUGAGGAGGGUGGCGGGCCCCGGCAGGCGGGCCGACGACGACCCGGAGGUCACCCAGUUCUACGUCAACCCCAUCGCCAAGCCAAUCCCACAGGGCCGCGCCCACGCCAGCCUGCAGGACACCAUCGGCGAUCUGAACAUGCACAAAGGCUCAAGGAACGGCCUCGAGCUGAGCAACGAUGACGUGUCUGCGUCCUUCGGCGAGGAGUCUCUGCAGGAGGAGCGCGAGGAGGAGCAGCAGCUGUCCCAGCAGUCUCCGCACCCUGCAGGCAUCGUUCUGAAUCGUGUGGGCUAUUACACCAUCCCCUCCAUGGACGAGCUCGCCGACAUGGUAGACGAAAACGGGGAGUGCAUCGUGGAGAACUUCACCAUCGGCAGGAGAGGUUACGGCUCCGUCUUCUUCCCCGGCGAGGUGAACGUGUCGGGACUGAACCUUGACGAAAUCGUCCACUUCAGACGCAAAGAGGUCAUCGUGUACCCAGACGACAAGAGCAAGCCGCCGGAGGGGGAGGGGCUUAACAGGCGAGCGGAGGUGACUCUGGACGGCGUUUGGCCGAACGACAAGACGGCCUGCACCCAGAUCAGGAGCCCCGAGCGUCUGAGCGACAUGAACUACGAGGGCCGGCUGGAGAAGGCGUCGCGCAAGCAGGGAGCUCGCUUCCUGGAGUACCGACCUGAGACCGGGUCCUGGGUGUUCGAGGUGGCGCACUUCUCCAAGUACGGCCUGCAGGACUCGGACGAAGACGAGGACGUCCCGCCGAAAGCCGAAGCCAAGAAGCUGAAGACGCUGACGACUCUCCCUCCCUCCCGGCUGCAGCAGCAGCAGCUUCCCCCCUCCCAGCAGCAGGUGGCGCCACAGGCUCAGGUAGAGCAGCCCGCGCCCCCCCACACUCACCCUCCUCCUCCUCACUGAUGCCACUGAUUAAAGGAGUGUUUCACCCAA